CUACCAGCGACAUCUGGUUACGACUGACUAAGCGAGUAACUCCAGUCGUUCGAGUAGUUGUAUUUACGAGAAAAUAUGCUGAGAACUUCAUUUGUUACAAAUGAAUUGCGAAUAACAAUAGAAUGAUAAUUGUCGACUUUUUAAAAAAGUUCGAGGUUCACUCGUCUCUGAUAUUGAUUUUUUUACUUCUCAUUCGGCAGUACGCGACGCCUGAAGAAAAAAUGACUACCAUAGGAGUUAACUUCGAAGUAUUUGGCAAAGUUCAAGGUGUAUUCUUCAGAAAGUUCACUGCUUCGAAAGCGAAAGAGCUUGGAUUAAAUGGUUGGUGUAUGAAUACCAAUGAUGGAACUGUUCGUGGUUACAUCGAAGGGAAUAUGAGUAAAAUUGAUGAAAUGAAAAAUUGGCUUCAAUAUAUUGGCAGUCCAAAAUCAUCUAUUCUUAAGGCUGAAUUCAAAAACGAAAAAGGAUUGAAUAAUUUGACUUACCAUAACUUCACCAUUAAGAAAUAACAUCCAUAAUAACGUAUUUCAUAAAGUAUUACUUAGCAUGCCUUAACAUUUGAGAGAGAAAAUGAUUGAAGCUUUCAUUUAAUUUUUUGUUUUGCAUACUAUAGUAAUGUUUUAUCAUACCUACGUGUAAAUUUAUUAGAAAAUGUGAUAACGAGAAAUAUCAACAAACUAUCGUAUACUUUUC